AUGUGGGUGAUUUAUGUUGAUAGUUCUUCUACAAAAAAUAAAUGUGGAGCUGGAGUAGUGAUGAUCACGCCAGACAAGAAGGAAUUGAAAAGCUCUUUGAGGUUAGAGUUUAAAACUACUAACAAUGAGGCAGAGUACGAAGCAGUAAUAGCCGAGCUGGGUUUGGCCCGAGAGAUGGAAACAGAGUUUGUAGAAGUCCGGAGUGAUUCUCAAGUUAUUGUCGACCAUAGUCGUGGUGAAUUUGAAGCUAAGGGCAGUAAAAUGAAACUCUACUUAUCUAAAGUUCAAGACAUGAAAAAAGCUUUCAAGAAAUUCUGUAUUAUUAAAAUCCCGUGGGAAGAGAAUGAAAAAGCAGACCAGUUAGCCCGGCUAGGUUUGGCAAUCGAGGAUGAAAUGGGAGAAACUGAGCAACCCAUACAAAUUUUGCAACAGCCCUCUAUCACCGAGGAAGUCAUGGUUUUAACUAUUGAAAUCAUACUUGCCUGGGCUGAAGAGAUUGUUGGGUAUUUAGAAAGAGGAGUUCUCCCGGGAGAUAAGAGAAAGCUCAGUUCAAUCUCCUCGCCAUGGCCAUUUUCACAAUGGGGAGUGGAUAUAGUAGGGCCAUUAUCUCCCGAAAAGGGGGGAGUUCGGUUCGCUGUAGUUACCGUUGAUUAUUUCACGAAAUGGGCAGAAGUGGAGGCUUUGGUAAACAUUAUAGCAAAAAAUAUUGAGAAGUUUCUUUGGAAGAAUGUUAUUUGUCGAUAUGGAAUUCCUCAUGCCUUCAUUACAGACAAUGGUAAACAAUUCGAUUGCGAUUCCUUUCGAGAUUGGUGUGCUGGGCUUCAUGUUCGGCAAUAUUUUUCAUCUCCGAGGCAUCCCCAAGCCAAUGGACAAGUAGAAGCAACAAACAAAACCAUAUUCAAAAUCCUGAAGACGAAGCUCGAUCAGCAUAAAGGGAGCUGGGCGGAGGAUCUUCCUGAGGUUCUAUAG